ACCUCACAAACACACACUCCCCCAUUAAACAUGUGCGUGAACGUGUGUUUGUGAGUGUCCUUCCUCAGUCUCUCCAUGGCUGAAUUGUGGCAGCAGCUCAGCUCCCUCCGGCAAGGUCGAGCUCUGGCUCUCCUCCACUUCGUUUGUCUUCUCUACCCACCCUCAGGUGCUCUUCCCUGGGAUAACAAAGCCAGUCCAUCCCCUCUGGAGGGGUUUGAGGUGGUGAAGGGGAAUUUCUCUCGGACUUUCCUGCACGUUGGCUACCACAAGAUUACAGAGAUUCCGUCAGGAGCGAGAAACAUCAACAUACAGGAAACAUUAAAGAGCCGAAACUACCUGGCUCUGAAGACCCAAAAUGGAGUCUCCAUCAUCAAUGGAAACUGGGUCAUUGACAGGCCGGGGAUCUACACUGCCGUGGGAACACAGCUGAUGUACCGGCGACCCAAUGAAAUCCGCUCUCGCAUUGGAGAGUCCAUCACCGCACCUGGGCCGCUGACUGAAGACCUGCAUGUUUAUUUGAUCUACCAGCAACCAGGCCCUGGCGUAUACUUUGAAUACAGUGUUCCUUUACAUAACACAGACCCGACUCCAGAACCAGAUGCACCUUCUGGUAUAAUUCCCCUGGUCGACACAGUGGACCCAUCCCACCCAGGUGACAAAGUACACCAAGGUGACAUUACCAACAAUGACAUCACCAAGGAGACACCCUAUCACAACCAGGUUCCCCCUGACCCGAGCAUGAACGCUAACCCUCGGCCUACUUACACCUGGACAAAGAGUGGGCACAAAGAGUGCAGUGCAAGCUGUGGCAAUGGCAGGCGUCAGGUGCUCUGGGAGUGUGUUGAGAAAGAUUCACAGGCGACUGUUCCCACUGACCUGUGUGACCCUGCGCUUGAACCAAUAAUGCAGGAAGAAGACUGCAACAUCCAGCCCUGCGCUGCAUACUGGGAUGUGGGGGAGUGGUCAGAGUGCAGCAAGAGGUGUGGACCCGGCUCCCAGCACCGCCAGGUCAUCUGCCGCCAGGUCAUUCACGUCCACACCAAUGGGACAGAGUCCUCGAUUACUGUGGCACCAGAACUGUGCGGGUCGUCUGAUAAGCCGGUGACCAAGUCUACCUGUCAGCUGAAAAUUUGUAGCCAAUGGGAGAUUCGAUCUGAGUGGAGCCCGUGUUCAGUGCCAUGUGGGGUGGGCCAGCGCAGCCGGGAGGUGGUGUGUUUGAGUAACCAGGGUGAUGUGGAGGAGGAUGAGGAGUGCAACGUUAACCUAAAGCCAGACACACUGCAAAACUGUGACGUGGGAGCCUGUGCACGCAGCUGGUUCACCUCCCUCUGGAGCCACCGGUGCUCUGCAGAGUGUGGUGGAGGCAAUCGAACCCGGACAGCAAUAUGCCUGAUGGAUCAUGUGACUGAUCUCCCAUUGGCCAGCUGUGAAGGGGAACGUCCUCCAGAAGUGACAUCAUGUGACUCAGGGCCAUGCCAAAACCAGCUGGAGUGGUACACAGGACCUUGGGGUCAGUGUUCUGCAGAGUGUGGGAACGGCACGCAGACUCGCAGCGUCGUUUGUGUUUUCAACAACAACGGUCGCGUGGAGAUUGUGGACCAGGCGAAAUGCUCCAGUCUGCCUCAGCCAAUCACAGCUCAGACGUGCCGACUGAAGCCAUGCGGUGUCCAGUGGUACGUCACAGAGUGGAGUGCAUGUUCUCGUUCCUGCAAUGGUGGCUACCGUGUACGAGAGGUGCACUGUCUUGCUGACAACGUUGCCCCGAGCGACCGCUGUGACCCCAAUCCGACCCCAGAGAGUCGAGAAGAAUGCAAUAAACAACCUUGUGUCGCUGAGAUAAAUCCAUCAUGCAGUGACCAGUAUCACAACUGUAUGGUGGUGGUUCAAGCCCGACUUUGCGUUUACACUUACUACAGAAGUGUCUGCUGCGCCUCCUGCUCCCGUGCACAGAAUACAUACCCCAACAACUCUUUUCAAAAGAAUAACAUCCGCAGGUGAUGUCGCCUCCAAGGUGUGAGGAAAUGAAAAUGUGAGCACUGUGAAAAUGACUCCUAGUUCUGUUUGGAGAGCACCUCGUUUGAUAUUCAGUCUGCAACAGGUCAACUGACCAGGUGAUCAGCCGCCUUCCUCUGUUUCGUGAGCACAGUCGUACACUAUGCAUAGGUCGAGAGUGUUUUCACUCUGUGUAACUUUAAACUGGACUGGUCACGUGGUGAUGUACUUAAACUAUAUAUUUAUUCUCAAUAAAAAUGUGUAUAAUUUCUGGUA